AUGGCCCUUACAUACCCCAAGGAAUAUGAACCGCACGGAGACAGAUUGCGACGCUGGAUGGAAGAUGCCAAUGAACCCGGAUGUCCGAUCCUUAGAAGCUCGCUCACUAUCCCUGAUAACAAAAGCGUUAUCAGCGAUCAGGAGUGGUAUAUUAACUCCGAUCCUUUUUAUCUAGCUGAUGAUUGGGCUCUCUGGGCCCAGAGUGUUGGGCUGCCAUUUGAUGGCCUGGCAGUUGACGAAAGUCUCAGCCAGGGACCUAGUUAUUAUAAUCAGUCAAUCAUCAAGUUCCUCGGAUCCUAUGCGUGCUGGAUUGGGCGGACUGGACCAGGUGUGAUCUUCAUUGACAAUAUCAAGAGAGACCGGGGAAGUACAGAUCCACACAUGUCCGAGUAUGCCAAGGCUUUCUAUGAGAUGAACUUUGAUCUCGCAAGCUUGAAGUAUGUUGUUGUGACUACUAUUGUGGAGAAAGAAACUAGACCCUUCCUCAACCAUCUGUACGAGUCUCGGGGACUCUUCCUUUCACUUAAGGAGGAGUGCACUUGGGAGGCUCCUUCGGCUGAGUUCUGUGGUAUUCUCGGUACUCCUAUUGGUAAGAUGGUGGGUGCCUUGAUCUUGGGUGCAUAUGGCCAGGGGGUGAAGCGUAUUGCACGAAUCAUGAACAUCCGGAUUGGCGAAGACUACAGUGCAUAUAACCUACGGUUUGAUAUCGAGGAUGCUGACGGCUGGAAUUUUUCUUGA